UCUCUCAUCAUCAAAAGCGUUUGGAACGUCCCCAGUAAAGACAAUAGUCGCCGCUAAACAGCUAUCGAGCUAAGUUGUAAAGUAUUACAUUGCAGUAGACAAGAAACAAAAAACACAAUCAAAAUGAACUUCAAUAAAGUCUUCAUCUUCUUUGCCGUUUUGAUCGCUAUUUUCGCAGGGCAAACAGAAGCGGGUUGGCUAAAGAAGAUCGGCAAGAAAAUCGAGCGUGUUGGUCAACACACAAGAGAUGCCACCAUCCAAGGACUUGGCGUGGCGCAGCAGGCCGCCAAUGUUGCCGCAACUGCCCGGGGUUAAGAAUAAUUGUUUUCUGACCCGUUUCAUCACUGCUUCAC